UUUGAUGUCGUAAGCUACAUCAUAAUUAACAUGGUGGACAAUGAACAUCAUGAAUGAGCAAAUGCGAAGACCAGAACAGAUUUCCCCGAAGUCAAGCCCACGUGGCUCAGUAUCGCCUGCUUAUCAAAGACCAGAUUCAUCUGGUACUUUAAAGACUACAAUAAGUUUGGGAAAAGUGCCAUCAGUUCUUCAUUCAGGACCUUUUUACCUCAUGAAAGAAAUGCCAAUUUCAGAAAAGACAGAGAUCACAGGCUGUACUAAUCUUGUAGAGUUUAAUGGCCUAGAGCACACUUAUAACAAAUUCUGUAAUAAAAAGGGGAAAGAAGAACUGAGUGCCUUCCUGCCACACUUGCCUGGGUAUAUAGAUGCUCCCGGUAUACAAGAUAACAGCUCACUUCAUUCUUUGAUUGAGAAACCCCCAAUUGUUGGAAAGGAAAUUUUACCGCUUACAAAUUCCGCAUUGACCAGUUUUAGACUUCAUCCUGGGCCAUUACCGGAGCAGUACAGAUUUAUGAGUCAAAUGCCGACAAAAAAGAAACAUAAACAUAAAAGAAAACGUGAAUCUGGAACCAAUGGAGCCUUACAAGAAACAACAGAAAAUGCAUCAGAUGCUCACGAUAAACCAGCAAAACAUAAAAAGACAGGUAAAACUGAAGAAAGUAGUGCUAAAGAACCAUCAGGAAAGAAAGAAAGUGGUAGAAAGAGAAAGAAAAACAAGAAGAAGAAAGGCAAGGACAAAGAUGAAGAUCCGAUGUCAUGAAGUUGUUGAGACUGAGAUUAUAAGAAUGUAAAGAUCUCUAUGGAGGAAGUAUGCCAUUGCUGUGAAGACAUGUCUAUCUUGUUUAUAUCUGAUUUAUACAGACAAGACAACUUCAGCCAGGCAAUUAACUAAUGUCAUUCGUGCUAAUACCUUACAUGAGCAGACACGAAAAUAUGGUUUUGCAAAGUCUAUGGGACUACAGCUUGUUUUUUUCAAGGAUGGACAUAUUAUGUUAUCUUUGGGAUUGCUAAGGGGCCAAGGGCAAAAUGUACAAGAUAUAUAGUGUAUUAGAAGUAAUUAAAUUAUUAUAUUAUGAAUUUUGUCAUUCCAAAAGCUCCGUAAAAAAUUUUUUCAUGAAGAAUAAACUUAUUGUACUUUGUAACACCUUCAUUUACAGACUGACGUCAUAAAUAUUUGGUCUGUUGGUGCCUUUUAUGGGGUGAUACCCUUUGAUGGGGUUUGAGGUUCAAGGUUCCCGCUGUCAGUUGUCAAUGGCAACAACAUAUUAGACAUGUCUCUUUAUACAAUUACUGGCUCCUGGCAUCAACUGCGGAGCAAACUUUCUUCUUUUGGCGUGUUUACUGGCACAAAUUUAGAUCCAUCUAGAAGGAACCUGGAGAUUUAUUUUUUGAAGGUCACCUUGUUAUAUAUAUAAAUGUACCAUUAAACCCUUACAGGGCCUUUCAAGCUAUUUUGGGCUUAAAUUAGGGGAAACUUUGGCAUUGGAAAUUUUAGAAAUAUUAAAAAGUUGAAAAACUACAUUGUUAAUACGAUUACUUAAGUUUUAAAAAUGUCAUAAUCUAUUUCUCCUUUUAAGAAACUAGUCAGAGCAGGCAAGUUUCUCUCAGAAAUUUUAACACUUAAAUCAUUUUGGCAGCUUUUUGGAGACAAGAUUUUGAUUUUGUUGAUUUUUUUUAGAAAUUUUGGGACUAAUAAUUAUUGUUGUUGUAAAUGGGUUAAUGCUCAACAGAGAUUUGCUGCAGGGAUUGGACUGAAUUUGUUUUCUUUUAAAAUGGGGAGGAAAAGAUUAUUUAGAUUUGGCAAAGGGGUUUGUAUCAUCCCGUGGAAAUAGGACAAAUUUAUUUUUAGAUUAUUUGUCUCCCGGAAAUGUCACCUUUGACCAGGAUCAAACUAGCAACCCCGGGAUUAUAAACUCGAUGCGCUCCCUAUUGAGCUAAGAGUUUGGAUAAUGGAAUGACUGUAUAGGCCUUUUAUAUAUGAUGUAACAUGAAUUAGAGCAUGUAACAUUUGUACAAUAACUCAAUAUACAUGUAUAUUAUUAGUUCUAAAGAUUUUUGGCAUGUUAUAUGGCCUUAUAUAAAUGAACUUUUGGAAAUAUAACCCAAGCCACUAACAACCAUUUAUAUACUGUCAUAUAACCUAUCUGAAAUGUUUAUAAUAAAUUUAUAAUUCAGCAAGCAUCAUUUUUUAGAAAUAAAAACUUAAAAGUAAGGUUUCUUCAUAAAUCAACAGCAGCCCUGUAUAUAAAACUUUAAAAACGUCAUGAUUAUCCAAUAAAAAGCGACCUUACAAAUGUGCAGUAUAAUUAAUUCUAAUGUACUGUGACAUGUAAGAGCAACCCUAAUAGAUAAAAACAAGUUUUUGUUUUCGUAAUAUUUUAUUUGUAACUGUCGUAAAACAUGCUAAAAUUUAUAAAAAUUCUACAUUUCAUUACAUAUGCAUAAUAACAAAAGGUCUAAGACCAUGUAGAAUCACAUUUAUGACUGUAGGAUAACAGUAAGACCAUCAAUUUUUUUUUCAAUGAAAACACUAAAUAUAUUAAAGCAGCACACCUCCAGAUAUGCACUAAAUUUUAGAAAAAUUUAAAGUGGCAUGCCUACAGUUUCAUGCUAAUUUUUAUGAAAAUUAAGGAAUUGUGUGAAAUAUUCAAACAUAAUGUCAAACGAACAAACAAAGUCAUCAAAGUUAGCUUAAGGCACUUACAAUUCACAUAAAUAAACCUAAAAUUAUGGCAAAAUAUGCAGGAAAAUAGCCUGAAAUCUUGAAAUAAA